ACGGGCUUCGUUUCCCGAACCAGUGGAUGAUGGCAAGUCUUCCUCAAGGUCCGACUUUAUCUCGACCCUUUCACCAUGACUCGAGCCGUUGAGGAUCGCUAGUCAUAUCCAGAGUUUUUGAAGGUAGUGGAGCAUUCCUGGAGCAAAAAGGAAAUUUUAUGACGACCAUGAUGUGCUUGGCUCAAGUCUGGUCAAACUGCUGUGAUUAUACUUCGGAUCCUUAAAAAAGUCCCUUUUACGCCUACGUCAGCGGUUGCAGUGUAUCCGGGCAUCUCGAUGGCUGGAGACGGCAAUGUCACGGUGGCCUCGAACGUCCUAGGCACCAUUGGGACGGUGCUCUGGUGCAUUCAACUUAUUCCGCAAAUCUGGUAUAAUUGGAAACAGAAGAAGACCGAUGGGCUUCCACCCUUGAUGAUGUUUCUCUGGGCUGCUUGUGCAGUCCCCAUGGGAGCCUAUAUGAUCCUGCAGGGAGUGAAUAUCCCGCUACAGAUCCAGCCCCAGAUAUUCGGGUUCUUCUCUCUUGUGAGCUGGGGUCAGGUUCUGUACUACGGCCACCAAUACAGUCGCCGCGCAGCUACGGGAGUGGUGGUCGGCGCUGCGGUCCUGUUUGGCGGGAUAGAGGCCCUUUUGAUCCUCACGCUCAGAAUCCCCUACAACAAGGGCGUCACCUGGCCCGACCUGAUCGUCGGCAUCGUGGCCGCCAUCCUGUUGGGACUGGGGCUCGUCCCGCCGUAUUUUGAGCUCUGGAAGCGAGAUGGCCGCGUGGUCGGAUUCAAUUGGGUCUUCCUGUCUAUCGACACUUUGGGAGGACUGUUUUCCCUCUUUGCAUUGGCGGCGCAGGGUUCCUUCGAUAUUCUUGGGGGGAUCAUGUACAUUGUUGUCGUCGUCCUGGAAGGUGGGAUCUAUGCGAGCCACAUUGUUUGGCGGAUUCGAUAUCGCGCCGUGCGGAGGAAGGCGAAGGCCACGGGCAGGAGCAUUGAUGAGGUGCUUGAAGAACGGUCGAGGUGCUUGGGGGCCUCUGAUCCGGAGAAUUUGAAGGGUCAUGUUGGUGGCACGGCGGAGAGUCGAGAGAGUGGGAGUGAUUGAGAUGGGGUUCCCUAUUGAUGGGUCCAAGAAGUAUAUAUAUUGCGAGGUGAUAUUCUUUUUCACUGGGACUGA